AUGGGCCAUCCUGCCUUUGACUCCAAGCCACACUCCCAAGGAUACGUUUCCGCAGGCUCCGACACCCGGAAGUCAUCCUCCAGCGGUGGGAAGAAGCGCGCCUCCCGCGCAGGAACCAGGAGCGUGACUACCUUGUCCGCUGCUCAGCUGGAGCGUAAGCGUGCCAAUGAUCGGGAAGCCCAGCGAGCCAUUCGCCAAAGGACCAAGGACCACAUUGACCACUUGGAACGUAGUAUGAAUGACCUCCGUGGUACCCAGGAAGCCCAUGAAAAGAUUGCACACAUCGCCCAACAACGGAAUCGUGAACUGGAAGACGAGAACGCCUACUUGCGAAGCAAGCUUCAAGAGGCCGGCGUUCCUGUCAACCUUCCACCACCUUCUGAAGGUGAGUCAGUGGCAGAGAUGAACAGCAGAACAAAUGUACUGACUUUAUGA